UGAGUUCAUCAACCUCAUCCCGAAGUUCUGCCUCGUCCCCAUGACCUCAAUCAGUGUAGACGCGACGGAAGAACACAUUGAAUAGACGACGACAACGACGACAGCAGCAGCGACAGCGGUCGCCGCAGACCUGCUAAUGCAAGAUGAGUAAAAUCAAGCGCCCCGAAAAGAUGCAUCCAUCUUCAGGCGCAAACGGUGUUGCGACCUCGGUGUCCACCUCGCCAUCAAUUCCUACAAAGAAGCCGCCUCCAAUUCUUCCACCGACGUCAGCCAUGGGCAAUUCCACGGCAAAUGGUGUAUCUAGAACUCCUGCGCGACCUCGUCGCGAUGCCCCACCGCAAAUGCUGGGCCGCGGCCAGAGGACGGCGAGCGCUGGUCUGAGGUCGGCCAGCUUGAUUCCAGACAUUCAAACCGUACAAACCGCCCAACCUCCGCCUUACAUUCGAUCGGACAGCUAUAUCUUAAAGAAAUACCGCGGAUGCCCUGCGUCUCUCAUUGUUCAUCUACACCCAACACAUUUCCGAUUCGAUCAACAGGAUGGCACGUUCUCCUACAAAUCCCCAAUGAAGAUUUUCAUUGAGCAUCUGAGAUCUGGGACGGUUCCGCAAGAUUUGCUAGAAUAUUUCAACAUGUGGAACACCACUUUCUACGAAGGAUGUUUGAUAGUCGAGGUCCAUGACCAUAAAUCCAUUGCAACCGCACGGGAAUCCUCUCAGAAUCUAUCUAGCAGUGAUAAGACGGAGCCAAUGUCGAUACAUAACUCCAAUGCGUAUCUUACCCCGUCUCCAUGGGUCCCUUAUCCAAAGGAGAAUCUAGCGUUGACAAAGCCCAUCGCUAUUCCAGGGGCACCCGCUGAAUCAGAAAAAGGCAAAACUGCUGAGGAUAAAGAUAAAGAAAACAUGCCCGCGCCAGGCCAACCGUCUGAUAACCAGAGGAGUAGGUCCAAUGCGAAAAAGGCAAAGAUAUCUACCAUGGUUCUCCAUCCGACGCCUAUGUCAACCUAUGUUGACCUUGCGAUCAAAGCGACCACCCCUCUUGCAAAUCAAUCCCAAGGCCGCCGCGAAUCGCACCAAGAUGUCAACGGAAUGGCUCCACCACAGACUCCAAAUAUGGCAGGGUCUUCCAGCGGUAGCGUAGGCAUGGAUCCACCUCCUGCUAAAAGACAAAAGCGCGAAAAGAUGGAGAUAGAUUCAAAGAAUAUAUACCCAGUUGAGUCGAGCAUAACUCUGGCAACUACAGCGCCGCUGUUCUUGGAGCCCGUCGAGAGUGCAGCAGCCUCGGCAGCGUUGCUAGAAGCCCUUGCUCAUCCAGAUCACUCAUUCCCGGUUCCUUCUCCCAAGUCUCGCAAGAAGACGGUUGCGGAGAUGGCAGCAGAAGAAUCUGCUGCCGCUGAUGAAGAGCAAUACAUGCUUAUUUUGGACGAGCGGUUUAGCAAUGGUGCAGCUGGAGGGGUAACAGCAGCUGACGGGGACAGUAAAGUGGGUGGGGCUUCCUUUGAGCCUCGAUUCGAAAGAUUUAAGGCAAUUGAAAGCAUUAAGCUGCAAGUGGUGGAAAACAAGAAGCGAGAGAAGCUUUUGCAAGCGGAAGCUGCCAAGAAGCAACAGCAAGAGUCAGAAGCGAGAGAAAAGGCGAAGCAAGAACAAACCAAGCGCGAUAAUGAAGAAAGUCUCCGCGGUCAGGCACAGUUGCGUAUACAGCAACAACAACAGCAGCAGCAGCAAAAUCUUCGUCAACAAGAAAACCACCGCCGCCAAUUGGCAGCCCAACAGGCACAAAACCAGCAGGCCAUGAAAGGAAUGCAGGGCGCUGGGCCUCAUGGGCAUCCAGCUCCUGCCAUGGGUUUGCCGAAUGCUGCCAAUGGCAUGACAACACAGCAGCAAAGGUUCCUGCAGCAACAGCAGUUGUCCCAGGCACCAACAUCCUCCCCAAUUGUUCAGAAUGCCACUCCUCACAACGCCUCAUCCCCUAUGACGGCCGGAAAUAUCGAUGUCCAGAUGCGGCAUUCCACGUCAAGUCUGGGCGGCAGCCCCCCACGCCCAGGAUCUGUCGUUCCACAGAACCCACAGAUGACUCCGAUUGUGGCUCAUGCUAUGAGGGCUCAAGGAAGCCAGCAGAGUCAUGGUGGAACUCCUCGGAUUUCUCAAGGAACUCCAAAUAUGUCCCAAGAGGCAUUAAGGCAGACUCCUCGGAUGAGCCAGACAAGCCCAAUGCCAGGACACAUGGUUCAAGUUCCACAAAUGGGUGGUGGUGCUCACAUGAUGCCCAAUCAAAAUAUGAUGAACACGCAGAUGCAGCAAGCCCAGAUCAUUGCGCAACAGCAGCAGCAGCAGCAGCGUCUGCGCCAGCAAGCAGCCCAGCAAGCUAUGAAUUCCUCCCCUAUGAAUGGCCAGCAAAUGUCUCCUCAGCAGAUGGCCUUACAGCAGCAGAUAGCACACCAGAUGCAACAGGGUAAUCCUGCAAUGAUGGGCGGCAACCAAAUGGCCAUCAACUACAACGCUCAGAUGAGGGCUAUGGCCGCAGUUCAAGCACAAAACUCUAUGCAACCAAAUGGACAAAGUUUUAUGGGCCGCGGAGGUGCCAUGACUCCACAAAUGAUCCAACAGGCACAACACCAAGCUGCACUGCAAGCACAGCAGCAGCAGCAACAACAACAGCAGCAGGGACAGAUGCAGCAAGGUCCACCAAAUAUAGUCCAGCAGCGAGUUCAAGCGAUGGCACGCCAGAUUUAUCAAUCCCAGAUAACGAACUUUAUGGCACAGUACGCUGGGGGACAGGCACCCCCCGAACAGCUGAACCUCUUCAAGCAGCAAUGCCAGCUAUCCGCCAGACAAAAAAUCGGGCAGCAGGUUAUGAUACAGCAGCAACAGCAGCAGGCUAUGAGGCAGCAGCAGCAGCAGCAGCAACAGGGACACAUGAUGUCCGGCCAACAGCACCCUGGUAUGGUCCAGGGGAUGAAUAUGGGCAUGAAUAUGGGGAUGCAGGGAAAUAUGAACAUGAACGGGAGUAUGAAUGGGAACAUGAACGGGUCGGGGAUGCAAAGGCCGUCAGGGAUGUAAUUUUGGCAGCAGCAUUCAUUGGCAGGAGUUUUCUGGUGCUUUUUCAAAGGCAGAUACCAUGGGU